AUGAAGUGGCUUUGGGUGGUGGCUUUUGUGGCACCCACCUACACCAUUCCCUACAACGGCACGGCGGGCAGCACUGGGGACAGAGGGCUGGCCCUCCCCAACGCCAGCCUGGCCCACGAGGGCCACUACAGCUGCCACCACCCUGGCACCGGCGAGACCUGGGCCACCGUCUGCCUGCGGCUGGGCUAUCCCCCUGCGCUGCCUGCCGUCGAGUGCUGGGCCAUCAGCUACCCGCAGGCAGUGAACUGCUCCUGGGUCCUGGUCCCCGAGCCGCUGCUGGACACCGACUUCGUGGCCACGUACAGGCAUGGCGUCUGGAGGGCCACAGAGAUGGGCGAGUGCGUCCGCACGGGGCCGCGGAGCUGCUCCUUCGGGGACGUGCAGAUGUUCUCCCUCACCCCCUACGUGGUGAACGUGACGGCCGUGAACCCCCUGGGCGCUGCCUCCAGGCUCCUGCCCUUCCUCCUGGAGAACAUCAUAAAGCCGGACCCCCCCGAGGACCUGCGGGUCUCACCCAUCCCUGGGGAGACCAAGAAGCUGCUGUUGGAGUGGAGCCCGCCAGGGUCCUGGCCCUUCCCGGAAUACUUCCCGCUGAAGUAUCGCAUCCGCUAUGCCCGGGAGGAGGGCUCUGUCACCAAAACGAUCGGGCCAUACGAGCAGACAUCUUACACCCUGACGGGAGUGCGACCCGGGACCCUCCACCACAUCCAGGUGGCCGCCAAGGAUUUCACAGACUCCGGGGAGUUCAGCGCCUGGAGCCUGCCGGCCUCGGGGACGCCCUGGAUGGAGCCGUGA